UGGGGGGAGCUGCUACUGCAGCAACAGGGGAGAAAGGCGGGAGGGGAAGGAGAGGAGAGCGUCUGGGGGCGGGGCGGAGCGGUGGCCCGGUUUCCGGCGGGUUGUCGCGCUCGCUCUCUCCGGCCGCGGCCGCUCUCGCCCACAGCCGCUUCCUCCAUCCUGGUAUUUUUCGGAGCCUCCAUCCUGGUUCUUCCAAAGUGCCCGGACCCAAAACAGGAAAAUGGUCCAGAAAUAGAAACAUGGCAGGAAUUCAAUCCAGUUAACAUGAAGAUAAUACUGCUCGCAAGAGGAAAGCACCUUGGAUCUGAUACAAGGGCAGUAACUGCUUCAUCUUUUGACUAGAUUUGAGUAUGAGCACAGUUGAAGAGGAAUCUGACACAGUGACUGUAGAAACUGUGAACUCUGUAACUCUGACCCAGGACACAGAAGGGAACCUUAUUCUUCAUUGCCCUCAGAAUGAGACUGAUGAAAUAGACUCAGAAGAUAGUACUGAACCUCCAAAUAAGAGAUUGUGUUUGUCCUCUGAGGAUGACCAGAGUAUUGAUGAUUCUACACCCUGCAUAUCAGUUGUUGCACUUCCACUUUCAGAAAAUGAUCAGAGCUUUGAGGUGACUAUGACUGCUACCACAGAGGUGGCAGAUGAUGAGAUUACAGAAGGAACAGUGACACAGAUCCAGAUUCUACAGAAUGAACAGUUGGAUGACGUAUCUCCCUUAAGCAAUGAAGAAGUUUCAGCUGUUAGCCAAGCUUGGUUUACUACUAAAGAGGAUAAGGAUUCACUAACUAACAAAGGGCAUAAAUGGAAGCAAGGAAUGUGGUCAAAGGAAGAAAUUGACAUUUUAAUGAGUAAUAUUGAACGAUAUCUAAAGGCACGUGGAAUAAAAGAUGCCACAGAAAUCAUCUUUGAGAUGUCAAAAGAUGAAAGAAAAGAUUUCUACAGGACUAUAGCGUGGGGUCUGAACCGGCCUUUGUUUGCAGUUUAUAGAAGAGUCCUUCGCAUGUACGAUGACAGGAACCAUGUGGGAAAGUAUACUCCUGAAGAAAUUGAAAAGCUCAAGGAGCUCCGGAUAAAGCACGGCAAUGACUGGGCAACAAUAGGGGCAGCACUUGGAAGAAGCGCAUCCUCGGUCAAAGAUCGAUGCCGACUGAUGAAGGAUACCUGCAACACAGGGAAAUGGACAGAAGAGGAGGAGAAAAGGCUGGCAGAGGUGGUUCAUGAACUGACAAGCACUGAGCCAGGUGACAUCGUCACACAGGGGGUAUCCUGGGCAGCUGUGGCUGAACGAGUUGGGACCCGCUCCGAAAAGCAGUGUCGCUCAAAGUGGCUCAACUACCUGAACUGGAAACAGAGCGGGGGGACGGAGUGGACCAAAGAGGAUGAAAUCAACCUCAUCUUGAGGAUAGCAGAGCUUGAUGUGGCCGACGAAAAUGAUAUAAACUGGGAUCUACUAGCAGAGGGCUGGAGCAGUGUCCGUUCACCACAAUGGCUCCGAAGUAAAUGGUGGACCAUCAAAAGGCAGAUAGCAAACCACAAGGACGUUUCAUUCCCUGUCUUGAUAAAAGGUCUUAAACAGUUGCACGAGAACCAAAAAAACAACCCAACACUUUCGGAGAACAAAUCAGGCCCCGGAGUUCCAAACACUAAUACCAAUUCAAGCGUUCAGCAUGUUCAGAUCCGAGUUGCCCGCUUGGAGGAGAAUACAGGCAUCUCUCCAAGUCCCAUGACAGCUUUGCAGAUUCCUGUCCAGAUCACCCAUGUUUCUUCAACAGAAUCCUCUGCUGCUACUGUUGACUCUGAGACCAUAACACUAAACAGUGGAACACUACAGACAUUUGAGAUUCUUCCAUCUUUCCAUUUACAGCCCACUGGAACUCCAGGCACCUACUUGCUUCAGACAAGCUCAAGCCAAGGUCUUCCUUUAACACUGACUGCCAGUCCCACUGUGACUUUGACAACCACUGCUGCACCUGCUUCACCAGAGCAGAUCAUUGUACACGCCUUAUCUCCAGAACAUUUGCUGAACACAAAUGACAAUGUCACGGUACAGUGCCACACGCCAAGUGUCAUCAUUCGGACUGUUGCCACUGAGGACAUAACUUCUUCUAUAUCCCAGGCAGAACUAACAGUAGAUACUGACAUUCGAUCAACUGAUUUGACUGACCCUCCAGAGACCCUGGAAGCAGACACUUUUCCAGAUGAAAUCCAUCAGCCUAAACUGACCAAUGAAAGACCAUCAUUCAGUGAUGCUUGUGACUCCAAAUUCAGUGACCAGAAUAGUGCAGAACUGAUAGAUAGUAUGAUGGUCAGAGCAGAAGAAGAAAUCUCUGUUCCAGAUCUCAAGCAAGAAGAAGACUCGGCAUCUGCUUUAGCCAGUGCUUAUGUUCCCGAGGACCUGGAAUCUCCUACUAUAGAGGAACAAGUUGAUCAGUCCACAAUUGAUGAUGAAACAAUACUCAUCGUUCCAUCGCCACGUGGUUUUAUCCAGACGUCAGAUGAUAUAGAUAAUGAUUCUGUCUUACCUCUGACAACACUAACAGAUCCCAUACUGCAUCAUCACCAAGAAGAAUCCCAUAUUAUUGGAUCAUCCUUGGACAGUCCUAUUUCAGAAGACUCAAAGGAUGUAGAAGACUUGGUGAACUGCCAUUAAGCUCAUGUUCAGUAACAGGGCAGUUUAAACAAGGAAGCUGCUCACAAAACCCUGUGCUGGCACCACUUCCAGAGAAAGGAGAACCCCCCAUACCCACAGACCUAAUUUACCAUUCUUCUCAUUUUAAAGUAGCUGCUGUGCUUAAGCCGUCAUGCACAUUGUUUCAAUUGGGACUUUUACUUCAUUUGUGAGUAGAUAGUCACCUGGCGUCCAGUUUAACUUGCUAGAUGGGGGUUCUUGAUUGUGGGAGAUCAGUUAUAGUUAAUGUUGCCAAUUCAGUCAUCAGCCAGGGAUUUUGCUUGCUUCAGGUCCUGAGAAAGGAGUUAGAACCCCCAGAGCUGAAGUGUUCUGCUUUAAGUGAGCAAAGGUGUCAGAGGAGGCCUGCUUCCCAGCUUCUUCCAAGUUUGUAUCUGGUUAAGUUUCAGAGAAAAGUUUCCCUAUCUGUGUGGUUUAAAGAGUACUAAUAGCCUCAUACAGAAGCAUUGGGUAUUUCUACCUAUUUUACUAGUGUUUAACGCCUAGCUGGGACAUCUCUUGUAUUUAAACAAACCACAACAACAACAACAAAAACCCAAACUGCAUCCUCUCAUGAAGGCUGCUUCUGGCUGGCCCCCUGCUAGUGGUGAAAGUUGGGUUUGUUCCUAAAAGCAUUAAUAGAUACUGAAGAAAACUCAACUAUAGCAUAGUUGUUUUUAAAAAGGGGAAACAAGGAUGAGAGUAGUUGUCUUUCUGUCACACACCAACUACUCAAGAAGCCACUGCCCUGACUAAAACAAAGCUAGACCUUUCCACCUCUAAAAAUGGGGAGUAACGUUGCUGUCCCAGGAUAGGAGGCUGAUUUAUUACACUAAAGGCAAUAUAGAACCACUGAUGAUAUAUGGGAGAUUAAUUCAGCUCAUUAGGUGGUCAAGUGGAGGUAGAGUUUAGCAACCUCUCCUGCUCAGGGGUUUGUUUUUAAAUUGGCUUGUGGAAUGGAAGGAAACAAAUCAAGAAGUCAUUCCUAUAUUAGAAGCAUUUUAGCCAAGACAAGUGACUGACCUAUAAGGCUUUGAUGAGUAUGAUCCCUAUAGAAGAGUUAAAAAAAAAAACCCUCGUAUAAAUUAUUUUAUUUAUUAUUGUAAUUAGAUUUUCACAAUCAGAGUUUUUGUCUUUUUACCAUCUAAUGUGCUUUUUUUUGUUAAUGUGAAAUUAAAUUGUAGUUACAAGCAAUGGUUGGUUGCAUAGGGAACAAAAUAAUUGUAUAUUCAGUUUAACAGAAAUAAAAGAAUAUUUGUCUUAGAA